AUGCUCGCUUUCGGCUACAUGGGGGAGACGGAGGUGAUGUCUCUGUGGCCGGCCUUUUCCGCGAGUUUGUUUUCCUGGCUGUUCAUCGUAUACGAGGUCUACUUAUCAACUGUAAAAAUGUCUGGGUCUGGAAGAAUUCAUGUUUGUCAUGCUUGUCUGGCAUGACUCUUAAAUCUGUCAUGCACGGUACCCAAGAGCUAUGUUUUUCUGUGAUGCAGAAGCGCAGUUUGUCAUGCGGAAUAGGCAACACCGAGGAGCUCAGAAACUUGUCAUGCUGAGCCAGCAUUUGGAGCCUCAUCAUGAGACGCCACCCAGCAUCACAAGUUUCCAGACCCAGACAUUUUUACAUUUGAUACUACUCUGGCGAUGCCUCGGUGAUCGCGAACAACCUGGCGGCGGGUAUCUAAUGCAAAAGUAUCGUAUUCGUACUAAUUGCGUAUAUGCAUUACAAAUCUUUGUUUCAAGGCACAUCCGCAUUACAAAUUUAAUUUGUAAUGCUACGUCAAUUUGUAAUGCAUUUAUACGAGUACGAUACUUUUGCAGUUCAUAGCGGGGAAAGCGCGGCAGUGGCUCUUGGAGAAGGAGCAGCGCCGGGCAGAUAGGGAAGAAACGCAGAAGGAGCUGAUGAGGAAACUGAAAAACAUGAGCAAGACACUCGUGACGGACGAGGAAAUCGCGGAAAAGAACCGCCUGAUGGCCGCCUUACUGCAGUUGCAGCAGGACGACAUGAUCCAUAGUACCACAGGAGCACCAACUUCUACCGCCGGGACGAGGACCACUUCAUCUUCCGAGUUGGAAGAUAUCAACUACGACGAUUUUACGCCUCCCGUCGCGGUGCAGGCCUUCGAUUCGCUGCGAAAAAUUCUGCUCUUCGGGUGGUCACUGUAUCCGCUGCGCCCGGUGUUUUCGAGGUACGUUUGGAACCACGACGAGCACUCGGAUAUUUCCCUGCAGACCCAGCAGGAGCGCAUGAAUGGACUGUACAACUUGGGCGACCUCAUCAACAAAGUUUUCUUCGUAUCCAUCAGGAAAAAAAUGUGUCCGUGUAGCUGUAGGUGUUCGGGUGGCAGCAUGUUGACAAAUUUGUUCUGCAUAAGGACAAAGAAAUCUAGUCAUGCACAGCUGGCACGUGGUCCACGUGAAAACAAAAGCAAAACGUAUUCACAUUCGUAUGAAACAGCAAUAGGACAACUCCAUGGUUGGCUAGCAUAGCAAGAGUAACUGUGUUGCAUGCUUUGCAUAUACACACUUUUUCUCUCGCGAUACCCUGGCAUCGCCGUGUACUCCGUCGCGGGGUCGCUCGAGCAGGAGGAACUCCAGCGCGUUUUCCGGGUGCGCAAGCUGGAAAACACGAUUCUGAAGAAGUGGUUUCGCGAGUUGAAGCAAGCCGGCAUCGUAUCCUAGAGAAAAACUGUGUAAGGGUAACUUUGUGUUGCAGAAAAUGCAAAACCGUUACACUUGUCAUGCUGGACAUGCAUCAGAGGCUAUUUUGGUAUAUGUUUUCAAGUGCAAGCUACGCAUGACAGGUUUUCUGUGUCAUGCAGAGCAAACUUGUGAUGCUAUUUCUCCAAGAAACUUACACUUACACACUUUUUUCCUUGGAUACAUCGUCGGCAAAAAGUACCGAGGCCACUGUUUGAAGGAAUGGCUAGGCCUGGAAGAGGAUGGUGGUGGUUCUUUUUCAACCGCACUUUGGACCACGGCGACCUCGAUGGAUGGUAAUCCUCGAGGUCUUAAAAGCGAUUCACUCUUCGCCAGUGAGGAGCAAAAGCGGAUGAAAGAGAGUGGGUACCGGGAGGUGGUCGUGAAAAACAUCCCGCCGGCACUGGCGAUCAAGCUGUCGCAGCAGAGAAAACGCUACGAACAGCAGCGGUUCUUCAGUCACAUUUAUUCCGGACAAGAAGAACAUCUCCAGGGAGGUGGUCGUGGCGAAAAAAACGGCUUGUUGGGACCUCCGCUACCUUUCUAUGUGUUUGAUGAAAAAUCUGGGUAGAAGGUGGGGAUAGAUCAUACUUAAUAUCAUUCUUUCAGUUGAGUACAACUGGAGUUGUUGUAGCCUACAUAAGUUGUAUUAGGGUGUUUUUCAGGAGAUGACAGGAUCAUGCAAAUCGAAGUCUCUUACUUCUGCGAUAAAAUAACAGGAAUAGAUCUAAGCAUUAGAUGGUGAUAGUCAACAUAGGUAGUAGCGGUAGGAGCACCACUUCUGCUUUAACAAGUCAUUGCCUUCACAAUGGGACAACAUAUGCAUCCCCGUGAACGAAUGAAACUGCGAAGUAAGGGAACAUGAACUACAAGCUGAAUUUUACAAUUCAUUAUUCCAUUCCUGUACUGAUGCACCAGCUUCUGUCAUUUGCAAGCGCAAUUGGAAGAUCUUCUAGAAACCACCCGUACUACCAUUUUUUCUUUCUACUACGAAAGUCUCGACUUCUUGAAACUCGAGCCGAGGCGGAGAGUAGUAGAAAAGGUGGAAAUACAUCAAUUAGGACGUCGUGGAGCGGCGGUCGCGACACCACACCCCAUCAACGCAGCUUCUUAUAAUUUUCCAGCGCAAAAUUACGCGGCCGCUUCAUGGACAACUUCUGGCGGACGGGGGCCGCCUACUCGUCCUGUGACUACAUUUUUUUCAGCUACAACGAGCAAGCUAAUAUCCUCCGCACCCCCGACGCCGUGGAGAAUGAUUGGAGGCCACGCAAACCCGCCAGCUAGCGUCGCUUUCUCCCAAGAACCCCCAAUGUUGUUGCACCAUGAUCAUCUGCCUGGCGCGAUAACAGGAUUAUCGAACAUGAAUGCGCCGGAACACGCUGCAUCUACGUCGGUAGCGGCACGUUCAGUCCUUCCCAGCGACAUGAACGUCACGUCUCUACCACCUGCUCAAGCUGCUGGUAUACCUGGCCCGGGCGAAAAUCCGCUGUACGAAGGUCGUGGACAUACUGUGCCGCCAGUGGUUCGAUUCGCGGACCGCGGUCGUUCCGGCGGUAAGAAAAGUGCGACAAGAACUGGAACUGCUACUACUAGUAUUUCACCAAGUAGAACGGAGGCGGACCUGCAAGGCGGGUCGUUGAUGUCGCAACUGCAUGACUGGAGUUGUCGACCUCUACCGCAGGAGCAGCCUCCUCUUGUGCAAAACAAGAAGGUAGGCCAAAAAGUAUAUGCGUCGGCGUCGGCGUCGGCGUCCCCAGGUGCAGGUGAACAUGAAAACGACACGACCAGCCGCGGUCUGCAACAACCCAACGAGUUUUCCUUCGCAGAACAAGGAGUGACCGAUAUUAAGUCGUAAAGACCAGCUGCUGUUCACAAAGGAAAAUGGGCAACAUGAUGACAGUAAGUAGUACAACCUCAAACAUCACAACCACAAGUGAUUCUGAUUUCUAUUUCUUCGCAAAUGACUUCAAGACAGAACUAAAAACAAAGCAAGACAGGGAAAUAAGGACUUCCCCUCCAUCAAGAUAGAUCUUCAUGCGGCCGGCCCACUACUUGGUGGUGGAUGCAUAUUUGGAUUGUCA